CGUGCUUGUUGUGCGAUGAAGCUGUCGUCCUUUGGCAAAAUUAGUCAGACUGCAGUCACAAAGCUAAAAGAUGGCUUCAAGCUACUCCAUGGCACAUUAAAGAGUGUGCACAGUUCUGAGGUCCGGCUUUUGGGAGAGGCAAAAAGGCGUCGGGCUGAGCUGGAGCGGCUCCAGCUUGAGGUACAGAGUCUGGAGGAGCUGCAGUGCCCCUCCGAGGAGCCCGAUGGUGAGGUCAGCAAACUGAGGCGACAGCUCCUGCAGGUGUACAGCGAACUCCGAGCUGCCGAGGAGAGAGAGCACACAGCACGACACGAACUGCAGUGUCUCUGGGAAGAGAAGAGGUAUCUGGAGAGAGAAAUUCAAACACAACCUGCUGAGGUGGAGGGCAACACAGACAUGUUGAAGGACAAAUGUGAUGUUUUGAAGAAGGAGGUGGCCCAGAGACAACUGGAUGUCAGAACACUGAUGGAGGAUGUGGAAACACUUGAAACGCUGCUAUUAAAAGAACAAAAAGAGCUGGAAGAAAUGAAAGAGAUCAUGGAAAUCAAAGAGGCUGAGAAAGCCCAGCUUGCCUGCAUACCUAACAAGAUAAUAGAGAACACUGAGAGAAAGCGCUCUCUAUGGGACGUCGGAAUGAAGAAGAUGGAAUCCCUCAACUUGGAGCUUUCCGAAACUAAGCAUCAGAUGAGUAGUGUGAAUGAGCGUAAUCAGUCCCUGGAGGUGAUGCGCGGCGAGGCGAUGCAGGAAGUGGAGAGGCUCAGGGCCCAAAUAGAGGCGCAUCAGAAGGAAAACAGACGUCUAAUGAAGGAGCAGGAGAUCUGCAGGGAGGAGUCGGCUGAAAUCAUGGGCAGCAGGGGUAUUUUGGAAAUGAAGCUACAGAACCUCAUGACUGACAGAAAACAGCUAUACAACAGCCGAUCUGUGCAGCUCAGAAAGAAAAAUAGGCAGAUGGAGGCCCUCAAAAGGAUGGAGCAUGCAGUAGCCAUGGCCACUGAGCAGCUAGUGUGCACACAAUCUGCCUACAAGGAGAUACAAGCGCAAGUGCUGGAUGCCGUUCCCGAACGAGAGGCCAGCGCUCAGCAAAGGAGGAAGCUUGAGAAGGAGCUAGACGCUCUCAAAGCCAGCUUUGAAAAGGAGGUUAUGGCUGCAGAGGAAACCCAGAACAAGCACCAGUCCGGGAUGAUUCAAGAGCUGCAGAGGGAGUCCAAUCACCUCAGAGAAGAACUCCAUCACCUCAGAUGUCUAAGACAGAUCAAAGCACAGGAGAGGGGCAAUAAGCACCACGAAUGGCUUAAGGCACAGCAGCUGAGCGAGCGCAUCCAGCAGGAGCUUAGUGAGAAAGAGCUGAUCAUCAUGGACCACAACGAGCUCAAUGAGGUGCUUCAGCGCAGAAUAUCACAGUUUUCAAAACUCUGUGAUAAGUUCAUGAAAGAGAAGAAUAAGUACGUGAGGCUGAAGCAGAUUGCCUCGCAGACACACUCAGAAUUGACGGAGCAACUAAACAUCCUUGGAAACGAGAUGGAAAUCCAGCGCUCUAUUGCUGAGAGCAAGGACAGGUUACUAACAAAGGCUCGUAUGAAAAUCUCCAGUAGCUCCAAAAUGAGGGAGAGGCUACAUAAUGAGAUCUCCAAGUUAACCUGGAAACAGCACCAGAUCAGUCAACAGUAUGAAGACAACAAACAGGAGCUAAUGAAUAUCACUCAAAGGAUCGAGUUCCAAGAGGGGAUCCUUCUGGGAGUUAAGGAAAGCCACGAGAAUGCCACACACAGGCGCAAAUUUCUGGGGAUACGGCUCUUGGAACAGGACAAAGUUUUGUCGAACUAUUAUGAGCAGACGAAGAACCUGGAGGCAGCCAUCACUAACGGCAACAUGGCAACGGAGACCAUAGAGAAGGACAUGAGAGAACUGCAGAUGGAGAUUAAUGAGGAGAAAAGGCUAAUCGACCUGAAGACGAGGGAGGUGUCCCUGAAGAGGAAACUGGAGGAGGAGAUCAUCGUGCUGCAGAUCGAGUUGUCGGCAGCCAGAGAAGACACGUUAAAAAGUGUGAAUCACACCCUUGAAUACAGGGAGUUAAAGGGCGAAGAUCCACCAGCUUCAGAGCUCGUCAAAAAAAUGGAGCAGCUGGAGGUGAAUUUGGCUGAGCGUGAGAGUCAGCUGCAGGAGAAAGAGCUCCUGGUGGAGCAGGUGACCCGGCUGUCAAAGCCUCUGGAGGAGCAGGCGGAGAGCUGCAGGCUCGACAGUCUCUCUGUGGCAAAGAAGCUGAACGAGGCCCGGACCAACAUCAUUAACAUCAACCUCUGUUUGAUGGCCGUUUCUGCAGAGCUCUCCACGAAGCGGGCCGUCGCUUUGUCGGAACGGCGACGGAUCAAAGAGAAAGAGCUGCAGUUGUCAGCGGCCAGAGAAGACACGUUAAAAAGUGUGAAUCACACCCUUGAAUACAGGGAGUUAAAGGGCGAAGAUCCACCAGCUUCAGAGCUCAUCAAAAAAAUGGAGCAGCUGGAGGUGAAUUUGGCAGAGCGUGAGAGUCAGCUGCAGGAGAAAGAGCUCCUGGUGGAGCAGGUGACCCGGCUGUCAAAGCCUCUGGAGGAGCAGGCGGAGAGCUGCAGGCUCGACAGUCUCUCUGUGGCAAAGAAGAUGGCCGGUUGCCAGGGGGAGGAUGCGGAGGGCAUACCACCAUAUCUCGACUUAGAGGAAGAGUGGAGAAGGAUGUUCAGAGACAGAAAGAGGAGGCAGAGGGAAAAAGAAGAGAAGAAGAAGCUUGCUGAGGAAAGUAAGUGGAGGCAGCUGCCAAACGGAGUGCACACCACGGCAGAAGCCCGCCCCAACGCGUACAUCCCUCAGGACGACCGGCUCGGUCUGCCCGUACCCUUCGGACGCUUCCCGCCCAUCAAACCCUCCCCACAAGGGGCCUACAUGAGGCAUUACCGCAAUCCAACAAUCAAACCCUUGGAGAUUUAGAAGUCAUCCAACACGUAUGCUGAAAAUUGCUAAUCUGAGCCACUUUUUUUAUCAUUCUCUUGUUUCUAUGCAGCUUCACCACUUUUACCUGCAUCUGGUUACAAUGGCUUUGUAUCCACGUAUUCACUGGCGGUGUCUAAUCUCUGUUUGCAGUGUUGUAAUUGACAGCUUGACUGAGGGGUCCGGGGGAAACAUGACUGUAUCUUUUACAUAAUGUGCCCUAGUAUGAUUUCAUAAUCACCACACUGCCCGGCAACACAGCCGCCCUGCUCGGACCCCCUUUCCCCCCCCCCCCGAAGAUGAGGUUAAUUUACUAGAAUAUCUCUGCACAUUCUUCAGCUUUGUUGUUGUUUCACCCUUCACGGUCGUAAUCUUUAAAUAGAUUGCAAUGGGUUCAGGCUUCACACGAGGACCAGGGAGAGCCCGCAUAACGCUUGAAAAUGAUAAAUCUGGAGAGGAAGCAGGAGCAAUAAAAGAGCAUGAAGAAUGACAAAGAGAGAGGAGAAUUUAAAUGAAGGGGAUGGCGAGUUAGAGAAGGCAGUAGAGGAGAUUCAAAGUAAAAAAAAAAAAAAAAAGGAGGGCUGUAAAUUGGCUGGAGAGUUCAAAGUUGGGGGCUUUUCACACAAAAAUAGAGUCGAGUCUCUUUAAAGCUCCUUAAAACAGCUAAAGGUCCAACAUUAAUGUAUCCCACUAAUUUCUGGUAAAGCCAGGAAUUUGGCAAAUCAGUAUGCAAACGUCUUAGAUGGCUGGUUAAAGUUAAUUGGUGUGUGUGUGUAAAAAAAAAAAAAAA